UCCGCUUCCGGUGCGCCUAAAGUCCGCCCUCUGUGAAAUGGGUUUGCUGGUGAACUGUUGAUUAUGUUGACUCACACGUGUUGAGGGCUUUUCUGUGUUUUAAAAGAGACUUAAAUCGAAUCAGCAGCUAUCCCCCCGGUCUUUAAAGCGAGUUCGCUCAGUUUGCGCCAGGACUGCGCUUUCAUCCGUGAUUGUUCAAUCAGAAACUCCAGCAGCAUCAGCAGCGUUAGCGGCUAACAGCAGCAGGGUAACACACCGGUUUGCUCUCAUCUAAGGGCCACCGCGCUCUGAAAUGUGACAAGUACCUGGUUUCCACAGACGUUUCACCCGUUUUUGAAGUCGGCGAACCGGAUUUCUUUCGUAUUACGCGCUUUUCUUUCACGAAACCUCAUUACACGCAUCAUGGGGGCUUACUUGUCUCAACCCAACACGGAGAAGACCACGAGCAACGGCGGGAGUGAGAGCAUGCACUUCGGCUUCGCGGCCAUGCAGGGCUGGCGAGUGUCUAUGGAGGACGCGCACAACUGCAUCCCGGAGCUGGAUGAGGAAACUGCGAUGUUUGCGGUCUAUGACGGGCAUGGAGGUGAAGAGGUUGCUUUGUAUUGCUCCAAGUACUUACCUGACGUCAUUAAAGAGCAGAAGGCGUAUAAGGAUGGCAAACUGCAGAAGGCUCUGGAAGACGCGUUCCUAGCUAUAGAUGCCCGAAUCACCACCGAGGAAGUCAUCAAGGAGCUUGUUAAGAUAGCUGGGCGUCCUCAGGAAGAAACAGAAAAAGUAGCAGAUGAAGAUGACGUUGAUAAUGAAGAAGCCGCUCUGCUGCAUGAAGAGGCCACCAUGACAAUCGAGGAGCUGCUUAGCCGCUUCGGACAGAACCAAAACAAAAAUGCCAAAAAGCCGUGUCCGGGUGCCUCUAAAGAGCCUGAGGAUGGAGAGAAAUCUCACGCUGAGAAGGGAAUCAAUGGUGAGACGGACAGCGGGGCAUCUGAAGCCGACAGCAACGGGAAGAAAGCCGCCGGGGCUGGAGAUGCGGCCGGAGGCUCCAAGAUGAGGGCCUGCAGGCGGGCGGCUGCGUCCGGCGGCGGCUCUGCGUCUGAUGGAGCCGCUGAGAAGUCUGGGGAUGCUGGUCCUUCCUGCUCCUCGUCUGCUGCUCCCGCUCCAGGCAGUGCCAAGUCCAAGUUCUUUGAGGACAGCGAAGAGUCGGAGGAGGGGGAAGAGGAAGAGGAUGGAAGUGAGGAAGAGGACUGCAGUGAGGAGGAUGGUGAGAACAGCAGUGAGAACGAUGAAGAGGAUGACACUGAAGAGGGAGAGGAAGAGGACAGUGAUGAAGAGGAGGAAAUGUGCUUGCCAGGCAUGGACGGAAAAGAGGAGCCAGGUUCAGACAGUGGCACCACUGCCGUAGUUGCUCUUAUUCGAGGGAAGCAGCUCAUCGUGGCUAACGCUGGAGACUCCAGAUGCGUGGUGUCUGAAAAGGGAAAGGCAGUGGACAUGUCCUAUGACCACAAGCCCGAGGACGAGCUGGAGCUGACCAGAAUAAAGAACGCUGGGGGGAAGGUGACGAUGGACGGCCGCGUCAACGGAGGCCUGAACCUCUCCAGAGCCAUUGGUGAUCACUUUUAUAAAAGGAACAAGGCUCUUCCUCCGGAGGAACAGAUGAUCUCUGCUCUACCUGAUGUCAAAGUCCUGACUCUUAAUGAAGACCAUGAGUUUAUGGUUAUUGCCUGUGAUGGCAUUUGGAACGUGAUGAGCAGUCAAGAAGUGGUGGACUUUGUAAAUGAGAGAUUGAAAACUGAGACCGGUAAAAACAGACCCCUGUCUGCCAUUAUUGAAGAGCUGCUGGACCACUGCUUGGCACCGGACACUUCAGGAGAUGGUACAGGAUGCGACAACAUGACCUGUAUAAUUAUCACCUUCUCCCCACACCUCGGGAACAACGUAGAAGUGAGCACCAAGAAGCGGAAGCCAGAGGACACGGCGGCGGAGGAAAACGGCAACGACAGCAAAAAACCCAAAACUGAAUAGAAGAGCAGUCGCUGGAGGUGCUGGUUAUUUUGAGGACACUUUCCCCUUUGAAUUCAGACCACUGGGAAAAUUUUAAAGAGAGCUCCAUAAGAAAGAGCCUUUUAGUUUUAAACAAUUCAAAGACGCAAGCAACUAGAACUGUUAACCCAGACCAUUUGUUCUUUGUUUUUUUGUUUUUUUUCUGUUCUGAUUUGUUUAAUACUCGUGUGUAAGUGAUAAGUGAAUGAACGAAGCUCAGUAUGGUAGCCGAGGUGAUGAGUCGGUGUACUCCUGAUCCCGUUUUGUCCACCGUACCCUUGUUUAUGUACAUAGUGUUUUUCCAGUAACCGUCAACUUGAUUUGGAUGCUCUUUUUGUUACUUUCAGUAGUGGAUUAUUGUGUCAGUAUUUGUGACCCCUUUUUUUUUUUUCCCUGAACACCAGUACGUAUACUGAUCAAAUACAUUUUUAAAUUUUUUUUUUGUUAAAAGAUGCCUGUCUGUUUUGUUUUGUUUUUUUUCCCCCCCUGAUGAAGCCAGGGCCCACAAUAAUCCCGUCGAAAUGCUCUCAGACGCUAAAUUACAUUCCUUUCUCUCUUGUUUCUUGUUAGUGAUUCAGAACAACUUUCGUUUGGGUCAUUGAUCCUAAUGUCUGUAAUAAGUCGGCUUCUUUAUUUUUGAUCAGAAGGCUGACAUUGGGGUCAAUGUUUUAAUUGGUAAUAAUUCAAUAAACUUCAGUUAUAGAGUUGGAAGUCCUCACUGCUAAAUAGUUUUUUCAUUGUCCUCGGUCUUGAAGCGUCCAUCUAAUUCAUUAAGGUUUAUAUACGACGUAUUUUUGAAUAUAUAUUUUGGUACUUUUUCAGAACAUCUUGGUGGGUUGUACGGGGAAGUCAUUGCUCAGAACUACAACUUUUUCUGUACCAAUAAACAAGUGGAGACAA